UGUUCCUGCAUUUAAAGAGAGCCUAUGCACCGUCCCAUUCAACUCUAUCCUUCAUCCAACAAACUUUACUUCCAAAAGCCUCUUCAGCUUCUCCUCACACGCUCAAAUCUCAAAUUCCUUUUCUUUAAACCAACCAACUCAAAAUACACCAUGUCUUCCAAGGCCAACGUCAUCAACGAGCGCCAGGCUAACCUCCCUCUGCCUGAGGAGCCUCCGGUUGCCUCUGACUGGAACUCCGCCGAUGCCUCCAAGGUCAACGUCGGCUCCGGCGCCGUCGAGAGUGGUCGUUCCACCGGCACCGGCCUUGAUGAGCCCUCCACCGGCCCCAGCAGCGUGAGAGUCUCCGGUGACGAGUUCAAGAUCAACACUGCCCCCAACUCCAACACUGGCAGAGAGGGCAAGGAAAACCUCACGGGUCUCCCCAAGGACGCCCUGAAGCACUAGAUACCCCGCUAUGUUCUUUCGAGAUUUUGCAUAGGAGCUAGGAUGGGUUGAUUUUUACGAGUUUUACGACUUCCAUGUAUUAUUAGGGUCUUCAGCAUUUCUCGGUGCUCUUGACUUUUCUCAAUUAAAAAAAAAGUCAUUCUGAUAGAACAACUGCAACAUAAGAGCAAUUUGUAUUCAUUGUGAACACGAACCAAUUCCAAAUUAAGCUUGGUGU